ACACGCAACGUCACGUCAUACGUCAACGUCAUGCGAUGCAAAUACUAGUCCUACUAAUCGGGUGUAAUAAUUUAAUUUUAGAAAAAAACGCAAAAAGUAAAAUUCGGAGCUCGUAGUGGUCGCGCAGGAUGCGAUAAUGUAAACAAGAUGUGCGCCCCCGCGUGAAGAUGUCCAUCGAGUACGUGGUGGUGAGCGCGGGCGAGGACGACGAGCCCAUCGAGCUGCCGGCCGAGGAGGACGGCUCGCUGCUGCUGAGCACGGUGGCCGCGCAGUUCGCGGGCGCGUGCGGGCUCAAGUUCCGCGCGGGCGGGCGCCUGCGCGGCCUGCGCCUGGCCGACGAGCGCGUGCUGCCUCCGGCCGAGGGCUGGGCGGCGCACCGCUACUUCUGCGCGUUCCCGCGCGCCGCGCCGCCCGCGCCGCGCCCGCGCUGCUCCGACCUCAUCGUGCUGGGCCUGCCGUGGAAGACGGGCGAGGACGCCGUGCGCGCCUACUUCGCGGCCUUCGGCGAGCUGCUCAUGGUGCAGGUGAAGCGCGACGCCAAGACCGGGCUGUCGAAGGGCUUCGGCUUCGUGAAGUUCGCGGAGUACGCGGCGCAGCUGCGCGCGCUGGGCCGGCGCCACCUGAUCGACGGGCGCUGGUGCGACGUGCGCAUCCCCAACAGCAAGGACGGCGGCGCGGCGGCCGACCGCAAGGUGUUCGUGGGCCGCUGCACCGAGGCGCUGUCGGCCGACGACCUGCGCGACUACUUCGGCGCCUUCGGACAGGUGACGGACGUGUUCGUGCCCAAGCCCUUUCGCGCCUUCAGCUUCGUAACGUUCCUGGACCCCGAGGUGGCGCAGUCGCUGUGCGGCCAGGACCACAUCAUCAAGGGCGUGUCCGUCAACGUGUCCACGGCGUCGCCCAAGCGCGAGCGGCGCCCGCUGCUGGGCUGGGGCGUGCUGGAGGCGCCGCGCGUGUACAGCUGGCCGCCCGACGCCUGGCCGCAGGCGCCCGACGCCAAGCCCUACCUCAAGUACGAAUGAGCGGUGCCCUCCUCGUUGAUCACUCACAGAUUUUAUAUGAAACUAAACCUGUACAUAAUUAUAUAAUAUAGAUUGAUAAAGUUGUU